AUGGAUUUCGCCGGUGUCCCCCCCAACAACGCAGCCCCUGCUGGCCCAAUGUCUUUCCCCAACGGUACUCCUCCCGCUCCUGACAUGGGCUCUGCCCCUCCUCCUGGUUCUGGUCCUGAUUCUCCCAAGACCACUCUUUGGAUGGGAGAGCUCGAGCCCUGGAUGGAUGAGAACUUUAUCAAGGGUGUCUUUAUGUCUGCCGCUCAUGAAACUGUCAAUGUUAAGGUCAUUCGUGACAAGAACUCUGGUAACGCUGGCUACUGCUUUGUUGAAUUCCAGUCCCCGGAAUCCGCUACCAACGCCCUCGGCAUGAACGGAAAGCCAGUUCCUAACAGCCAGCGCUCCUUCAAGCUUAACUGGGCCUCUGGUGGUGGUCUCGUUGACCGACGGGACGAUCGUGGCCCCGAGUACAGCAUUUUCGUUGGCGACCUUGGCCCCGAGGUCAACGAGUACGUCCUGGUUUCUCUCUUCCAGGCUCGAUUCCCUUCUUGCAAGUCUGCCAAGAUCAUGACCGACGCCAUGUCUGGCCAGAGCCGCGGCUAUGGUUUCGUUCGCUUCUCCGACGAGAACGACCAGCAGCGUGCUCUUGUUGAGAUGCAGGGUGUCUACUGCGGCAACCGACCCAUGCGUAUCUCUACUGCUACCCCCAAGAAUCGUGGCAACCACGGCUUUGGUGGUCAAGGACACCACAACGGCGGUCCCAUGAUGGGUGGUAUGCCUCAGCAGCAGAUGUGGAAUGGAGGUGGUAUGCAGGGCUUCGGCUAUGGUGGCUUUAACCCUGCCACUCAGAUGAACCAGUUCACUGACCCCAACAACACCACCGUCUUCGUUGGUGGCCUUUCUGGCUACGUCACUGAGGACGAGCUCCGAUCCUUCUUCCAGGGCUUCGGUGAGAUCACCUACGUCAAGAUCCCUCCUGGCAAGGGCUGCGGCUUCGUUCAGUUCGUCCACCGCCACGCUGCUGAGAUGGCCAUCAACCAGAUGCAGGGCUACCCCAUUGGUAACUCUCGCGUGCGCCUCAGCUGGGGACGUUCUCAGAACAACUCUGGCGUCGGCACUCCCUACCGCCCCGCCCCUCCUCCCCCUCACUACAUGGGCAUGCCCAGCCACGGCGGACCUGGCAACUAUGGCCCUCAGCACUUUGGCGGCCCUGCUCCCGGUCCCCAAGGCCCUCCUGGACCUCCUGGACCCCCCGGACCUGGCGGGCCUCCCCAGGAGUUCUAA